AUGUGGUGGGACUCAGGGCUCACUUCACCCUGGGUCCUGCGGAGGCGAGGCCAGUGGGCACGCCCAGAGCGCCCUCUGGCGGGAAGCAGCGCUCCCUGCACCCUGGGGGCCGUGGAGGGGAGGACGGUACACAAGCAUAGCGCACCCCCUGGCGGGAAGCAGCGCUGCCUGCACCGGGUCCUGAGCGGGGCAGGGGACGGAGCUACCCCGGGAAAUCGCACGUCUUUCCACACGCUCUCCGGACCACGGUGCCUCCCCCAGGGCCGCCCAACACGGUUUUAUGGAAAGCAGGGCCCUUCACAGGCCAUCGCCAUGGCCAGGUGGUCACUCCAGGCCUCAGCCCUCAACCUCCUGAGACCAGUGGGAAAACUGGGACACGAAACAGAGGCGCGCCGUUCUGAAGCUGGUGGCGCUGCUGCUGCUGGAUCGCGGGGUCCAGCGCUUGGGGCCGCCACGACGUCCCUUGUGAACGUGACUCAGGAAGGUUCCAGCUGGCCAUGGCGUCUCGCCUGCGCCCACCGAGCCCAGGCUGGCCUUUGGGGGGGGACAGGCUGUGUGUCCGCAGAGGCCCGGGGCGAAACCACAAGGGGAGGCCGGAGUCGGGACCCUCCCCGUGGGGCUCCGACAGGGUGGCGUGGCCGGGCCCAGCAGCAGCCGCGGCAGGGGGACAAGGCGACCUGCGGCUUCGGCCGGGGCCAGGGGCACCCGGGAGCUGCUGGGGACAGACAGGACAAACCCGUCUUAAGGCCCCCCAGCUCGGAGAGCCCGACCCCUUCCCCAAAGAGACGGUUCUGCCUUGGCUGGGGCCGGCCGCGAGGAGGCUCCGCGUCCGCGCCUGCCGCGCCCACGAGCCGGCUCCUUCGGCGUCUUCCCGGCUUCCGCCUCUUCCUGUUCUGCUGCCGCGAGCCGCCGUGCUGCUCGGGUCUUCGAGUUUUCAGGAACCAGUUACCCAGGAAAAAUGAGUUUUAUUCAUAUGAGCCACCUUCUGAGAACCCUCCUAAAGAAGAAGGCGAAUCUUCGCAUCUCCAACUUAAGUCUGGAGCUCAUCUCUGCAGGGUUUGUGGCUGUUUAGGUCCUAAAACAUGUUCAAGAUGCCACCAGGCACAUUACUGCAGUAAGGAGCAUCAGAUGCUAGACUGGAGAUUGGGACAUAAGCAGGCUUGUACACAGCUAGAUAAUUUGGACCAUACAGUUCCCGACCAUAACUUCCUUUUUCCAGAAUUUGAAAUUGUAAUAGAAACAGAAGAUGAGAUUAUGCCUGAAGUUGUGGAUAAAGAAGAUGACUCUGAGAUUACAGGAAGUAUGGGUGAAGCACUUGAGGAAGAACUAGAUUCUAUGGCAAAGCAUGAAUCUAGGGAAGAUCGAGUUUUCCAGAAGUUUAAAACGCAGAUAGCCCUUGAACCAGAGCAGAUUCUCCGUUAUGGCAGAGGUGUUGAGCCAAUGUGGAUUUCUGGUGAAAACAUACCUCAAGAAAAGGAUAUUCCAAAUUGUCCCUGUGGUGCCAAGAGACUAUUUGAAUUCCAGGUCAUGCCACAGCUGCUGAACCACCUAAAGGCAGACAGACUGGGCAAGAGCGUUGACUGGGGUGUCCUGGCUGUCUACACCUGUACUGAGAACUGUAACUUGGGCACUGGCUACACGGAGGAAUUUGUGUGGAAGCAGGAUAUAACAGACACACCCUGACAACAAGCCUUAUGUCUUAUCACCCCCAAUUCCAUCUCAAGGACUUUUAGCUCAUGUUCCAGAGAUGGAGGCACAAAAACACAGCUUGAGGCAUUAUCUAUGUCUUUUUACGUUAAUACAACA